GCGCGGACGGAGGCCGUCAGUAUCUGCAUCUCGCGCAGUAGCACCCCCCCCACACACGCACACACACACACACACACACACAUUCUCCAUCUCGACGCUCCACCUGCCUACAUCAACAACCCGAAUUCAAAAGUCGUUGAAGCCAAAUAAAAGCGCAGAAGUGUACAAAUUUGAGCUACUGAAAAGUGAAAUAAUCCUAUAAAGAUGGUUAAACUGGGUAGUAAUCUACAAGACAAAGGAGCUAAAGCAGUGAGCAUUGAGGAUGGCUUUCAAAACGUCCCCCUCAUCACACCUUUGGAUGUUACUAAUCUUCAAUAUCAAGCCCCAGACAAGUUGGUGGUGAAUACACGGACUGAGUACCGGACGGAGCAGAAGAACAAGGCCAAGCCGAAGGUGGAGGAGUUCACCAUCAGUGUCACGGAUGGAGUUUCUGAGAGGCUGAAGGUCACAAUCCUUAUUGUGCUGGCCUUGGCCUUUUUGGCCUGCAUAGUGUUCCUGGUGGUGUACAAAGCUUUCACCUAUGACCACACCUGUCCUGAUGGAUUUGUGUAUAAGCACAAACGCUGUAUUCCUGCCUCACUGGAGGCCUAUUACACUGCACAGGAUGCCAACUCCCGCGGCCGCUUCUACACCAUCAUCAGCCACUACAGCAUGGCCAAGCAGACUACCUCCCGCUCUGUUUCUCCAUGGCUUCCUGCUGGCACCGGCCAGCAUGAUGUCAAGCCACCCAACACAGACAGCCAAUGAGAUUAUCCAUGCAGCUUUAUCAUUACCUGAAUUACCUUCUAUUUCCACUGGCUCCUUUGUUCCUUUUAUGCCCAAUGAUACAUUUCUUCUCUGUAUAGCUUUAGUUUUUUUAUUUAUCAUUAUUUAUUUUACAUUUUUGGCGUGUAUGUGUUUAAUAUCCAAUAUGUGUUUGUGAACUAUUCUUUUAAAUUAAACAUUUUGUUUGUACAAAGGCAUGACUCUGAAAUCUUGUCAAGCAUUUUCCCCACAAUGUCUGAGUGUCAGUGACCCAUUCUGAAAGCAGAAUACCUAUAUGCCCUUAUGUAGUUACAGUAGGUGACAAUUCAAUCUCAAAAGGCAUGAUAAAAACAAAGGGGGUUUUUGUGCUGAAACACCGUAUGAAAAAAUAAAUGCAUACUCUCACUUAGAAAUGUUUCAACAAAACAUACGUGUUACAGUAAAUUUGAUGUACAUCCUAUUACAACAAAUCAGUGAAAUGCUGAUAAAUGAUAAGAGUAGUACAGCAAAAGAACAUAUUGCAUAUGUACAGAAAAUAUAGUUCCGCCUUUGAACCUGAAUGUAAAUAACCCAUGAGAGCAAUCAGCCAUGUUGUGUAUCUCCGUCAGACACAUUGUAAUAUUAUCACUGUUUCUCAAUGGAAGAGCAGACGUGUCUAGAGCUUUGCGACUUGCUUUCGCUGGUGUCUAUGCUUGCAUUUAACCAGGAACAAAACCUUGGUCUCUGAGAUGAUUUGAUGAAGUGUCUGCCAAAGCUUGAUUUUUCUGCUAUGUUCAGUCACAAGUCUGCUCUUUUUCCAUUUUUAUAUUUGUUGUCAGAAAAAUAGAAAAUAGAUUUUUGAAAUGUUGUGCUGUUGUUGAGAUGUAGCAAAGUCUGGAGCAUUUUUGAUUGUGUAUCCUUUAGGUUCAAGACAAUAAAGAUAUAC